CGUCUACUUGGCGCGUCCGCAAUUGGCAAGGGGGAACUUUUUUCUUCUUCGCGCUCACUGAUCAAACUCCCACACCCCGAUGUCGCGUGCUAUACGUAUCGCAAAACGGUUGUUCGCGUCAAAGUGAAAAGGGUCAUGAGGUGUACCAUGGUGGUGCCCCGACGUACUUAAAUGCCAUCCAGAAUUGCAGGCCAAUUAAAGUCCUGCAUGGGCGCUAGCGCGCGCAGCCGCAUGUUGCAACAACAAACCGCCAUCACCGCCUACCAGUCGCGAUCCGACAUCUCGCCGGCAUGCCAUCCAAAACCUCUGGCAUGCCGCCGCAGCCUCAAAGAGCUCGGAAGAGUGUGCGCACACCCGUUUCGAGGGCCCCAUCGACAAGCUGCAAGCGCGCCCGCGAGCCCAGUCUCGAUAACAACAGCCCUCAGCCUGAUGACACAAUCCGGUUGCAAAUACCCUCCAACUCAAAUGAAGUAAACGCCAACUUCAAGGCAGCAGCUCCCGAAAGCGAUGCGCAGCCGGCACGCCGUAGCGCGUCGAGCGAACUGACUUCGCCUAUGAUAUCACCUGGGUUGCGUGCACUGCAGACAUCAAUGGAAGAAUCUCGAAACACCAGUCCUAGGAAAAACUCCAUCUCGUAUUGUUGCUUCAACUCGCAACCUCAUCUGAAGGGCCACUUUUAUUCGGCCAAUCAACUCUUUGCGCGGGGCGUUUGGAUUGGCUACCUAGCUCCGGACAGGCAAUCCCAGUCAUUCCGAGGGCUACCCUCCUUCCACGACUUGAAGGCCAAUUACAAAAAGUUCAACCCUCCGCACCCUCCGAUAGUCCAAGGGAGUCCUAGGGAGAAUCGCAACGCUGUCUGCCGAGGCUGUGCUAGGGAAGAUUCAGCUGUUAUUGCCUUCAGCGAAGUGCAGUUCGGACCGAAGGUUAAGGCUGUUAUCAUGCCGCUCGAUGGCGACGACGAUGCUGGGGUUUUUGCUAUCAUGAUACCUCAGACGACUGAUAGGUCCUUACACGGCCUUCAAUCCUAUCGCCCCUACGAGAUUAGUGGAGGUGGUUUAGGAGACAAAUUUGUCAACAAUUUCAUGAUGCUCACACUUCGCAACCCUGACAGCGACGCUGGCACAUUGGAGCAGUCCUCUCAGUGUUGUCUCCGGAAGAACGUGCUGACAUCGUCUCGAAGUUGAGAGGAAUACCGGAACCAAGACAGCGUCUAUCUUCUACCCCCAAGCUCUCAAAAUCUACCGACGAAGAUGUUGCACCUUCAGCAUCGAAUGCCAUG